GUUUCACUGGUUUCUGACAGAGCAGGGGAAGCCACCCAGGGGAGACUAAGGUCCCUGCCUUCUCCAGGCCGACCCCCAAGUCGAGGCUCACCAACAACUGACCUCUAUCACACCAGGGAGAGAACCUCCAGUGGUCGUGACAGGCGAAAGAAACCAAAUCUGACAGAACCUGCUGGAAGGAAAGAACAAGAUCAGAGACAGACAAGAGGACGUGUCAAGGACUAUGAGGAGAGGAGUGCUGGCUCUGAUGUGGAGGUGUUUUCCAACCUGACAAGAUCUUCCAGUGUUGCCAGCAAUAGACUGAAGGCUCUACAGGAGGAGAUUGAGAAACUGAAAGAAGGAGUGGCCAGGGCAAACGAAAGAGCCAACCAGCCCCCACUUCCUGCCCAGAUCUACCACAUGCCAGCACCAGCCGCUGCAGCAGUGUCAGCACAACAGCAGCAGGACCCAGGCUACUUUGACCCCUUCGAUGAUCCCUAUGGGUUCAUGCGGAUGCCACGGCGGCGAGCAAACUCAUUUUCUGGAGGCCGGGAGCGUGAGUGGGAUGAGUGGUACUGGACUUUGCCUCAGAAUUGCCAGUAUGACGGCGGUGAUAUCCCGCUUGGCUAUGCAGCUGCCGAUGCUUACGCUGACCUGCCUGUGAGUUCAGCUCAGCAGAGACCCACAAGAGAAAAUUUCAAAAAUCGGCUGAGGCAGCGACGGGUGACAAAUGAAAGGCAGAGGGAAGAUGUACAGGUAAAUUAUUUUUACAGACGCCAAUCUCGCUCACCUUCCCAUCAGGCCGCAGGACGAUCACAUUCUCAGUCACGCUACAGAGUCCGAGAGUACAGUCGCCUCAGUGACUCUGAUGAGGAAGAGAGAAUCAGUCGAAG